AUGAGCUACUGUUCUCUGUCUCUACUCCUGGGUUCUCUGUUCAUCAUUGGGACUGCCUCUUAUCCUAAUGGUUCCUGUGAUGGCUACAUGGCCCUGAAUGAGCCUCGACGUAACUAUGUCUUCAGCUCUUCCUCUAUCCCCGGCUACCCCAUCAAUACCGACAUACAGCGAACAAACAUAUGGGUUCGCUACAUCGGGAUCGGAGGGGACACCGUCAUUCCACAAUGUGCUCCACUCUAUUACAGCGGGGUAUAUUAUCCCAUCCAUCUGACCUUUACACAUCCUCAGUCUGAGUCUGAGACUCCAACUACGGGCAACGCGUGUGCAAACAUAGGUUCCUGCUGUAAUUACAAUGUAGCUAUUCAAGUGAUCUACUGCUCUUCUGGAGGAUUCUAUGUGUACAGGCAGAUGAACAACCACCCAAUCAACUACAUGGGUUAUGUGACAUACCAUAGGAACUGUGUGGCAGACUCCUGCGGUCCCCUUGCAGAGUGUAGUACAACCAAAACUGGAGGCUGUCAAUGUGUCUCUGGAUACAAGAUACCUCCAAAACAUCUACCCACAAACGAAUCCUACGGUUGCCAAGAUAUCAAUGAGUGUGAGGAGACCGCUAAUCUCUGCGGUCCACAUUCCAACUGUAUUAAUUUACCAGGAGUCUACAACUGUAGCUGUCUUGAGGGGUUUGUACCCUCAGACCCAGCCUUGGCACUCAACCCAACCCGCAACCCCUGCACAGAUGUGAAUGAGUGUGUGGAGAUUGAGAAGGUUUGUGGUGGUUUUGGUAAAUGUACAAACACACCAGGAAAUUACACCUGCACCUGUUACAAUGGAUACAAGCCUGACGGACCCUUCGACUGCCAAGGUCUCUGAACAGCACUAACACGAGCUUUCUGUGAUAAAUCUGACUAAACCUUUUAAAUAUUUCCAUAUAAACCAUUUAUCUAGAUAGGGACCGGUAAAACAU